AUUGGCCGAUCGGACCCGGCAAGCGAAGCAGCGGAGGGAGCAGGGGACCGCAGAGGAGACAACAAUGGGGGGAGGGAUGGAGGUGAACAAGAACCGUUGGAUCGAGGACUGGAACGCGGCGCGCGAGAAUCUCGAGUUCAAAUUCCGCUGGACCCGCCGCAACCUCGCCAUCGUCGGCAUCUUCGGCGUCGCCGUCCCCAUCCUCGUCUACAAAGGCAUCGUCCGCGAAUUCCAUAUGCAAGAUGAGGACGCUGGGAGGCCUUACAGGAAGUUCCUCUGAAGACGACGGAAAUGGGCGUUAUCUCUUUGUUCAUGCAAUAUUACUAAUAAAACUUGGGAAACAUGAUGAACUAUGUGAUAUUCGCGUAUUUUGUUUUCGCGUUCUUUGUUUCUCAUGAACUGUAUGUUCUAGUCCCCAACAGUUAUCAAUCCUUGUGCUUUUUAUUUCCUGAAUUUACUGGAUAAUGCGUGGUUCCGUUUUAGUAAGUUUGAUUUGCCUAUCACUUUGCAGAA